GGACACUGUGGAGAGUCAGGAGAGCAGCUAUUGUGCAACUUUAGACCCCGUUUCUCGGGAGAGAUAUAAACAGAUAGUUAAAAAAUAUAUCGGACGUGAUCCGUAUUCUUUGAAAAUGUCCGAAUACACCACAGAAGUAAAGGAUUUGCCUACUAUCGAGGCUGUGGAUAUCACCAACUACUUGGUCCUCCAGACUUCUUACUACACUAGGCAGCAAAUGAAAGCUUUCAAGAGUCUGGAGGCGUACAAUUUUUUUGUCAGCGGGUGGGUCCACAACCUUGGAACAAAACGUCUCCGUGAUGGAUACAGUUUGGUGUUUGCAAGGGUGAGUGUUUGUUCUUAUAUUGCUUUAUCUUAAACACGCUAACAGUUAGCGGUAGCGGCUUUAACGUCAACAAACAUGCCACAUCCUUAGGACUUCGUUAGAGUGACAGUUGUUUGUUUCAAGGUAAACCAUUCCCAGAGGUCUAACGAGACACCUCUGAAGACUUGGGUAAUUGCAAAGGAGGAUGGAGAAGUGAUUGCAGCUCAUUGCAAUUGUAUGGCAGGACUAUCAGAAUCAUGCUCGCACGUUGGAGCUGUUCUUUUUGCAGUUGAAGCUGGGGUGAAAAUGAGAGCGACAUGCACAUCAGAGCAGUGCAAGUGGCUGAUGCCAUCUCAUGUUAAAAAGAUUCCUGCUUGCCCAGUAACUCUGAUUGACUUCUCUUCAGCAAAGUCAAAAAAACGAAAGCUUGAGUGUUCCAUUGAUGGCUGCACAAGUACACAAAAGGUUGGGAAAUCACUUCCAUGCCCAAGAGUGCAGAGAGAUUCAGAGACAUACUGUAGGUUUUUUGAGAGUUUAAGCAAAAACUGUCCAAGGAGUGCAGCACUGAUGUCUAGGGAACCUUACCACAAAGAAUUUGUCCCCCAGUCUAGCAUGCUUCCUAAAACUGUGCCUGAGUACAGAACACCAGAGACACUGCAGCUCCCCCCCAAAGACCUUGAAGAGCUAUGCCUGGACUUCCAGCUUGAAGAGCUCACCCUGUCCCAAGUCCAGGCUGUAGAGAGGGCGACUCGAAGUCAGAGUGCAAGCAGUAUUUGGUUUAGGCAAAGAGCUGGACGCGUAACUGCCUCUAAGCUGAAACAAGUUCUUAAGACCAACCCCCAGCAACCAUCAAAGAGCUUGAUCAAGGCCAUAUGCUAUCCAGAGGCAUAUAGGUUCACCACAGCUGCUACAAGUUAUGGAUGCAAACAUGAAGCACAAGCCAGAGGAGCAUAUGAGAAGCUUAUGAGCCAGGAGCAUGCAGGCUUCUCAUGUAUGGACAGCGGUCUCUGGCUGAACCCCAAGUGGCCAUACAUGGGGUCCUCCCCUGAUGGGAUAGUCACUUGUGACUGUCAUGGAACUGGCAUCUGCGAGAUUAAGUGCCCACACUCUCAGAAAGAUGCGGUCAACCUGCGCAUGCGUGCUGGGGAGAAGGGCUUCUGCCUCAUCAGUGACGGGGAUAAUGUCACACUGGACCCAACUCAUGACUACUAUUACCAAAUUCAGGCACAGCUUCACAUUGCAAAUGCAGAGUACUGUGACUUUGUUGUGUGGAACCGCAAUGACAUAUUUGUUGAAAGGAUUUUGCCUGACCUUGAGUUUUGGGAUGAUGCGAUUCCUAAAGUUGAGUGUUUUUUUAGAAACAGUAUACUCCCAGAAAUACUGGGACAGCAAGUUACAAACAUACAUGUGUAAUGUGAUAAAAGGACGACAACAUAAUGACAUUUUGAAUAUUGUUAUGACCUGAUGGUAGUCAUUAUGAGUUCUGGCUAUUGUAUUUGCUCUGACGUAGCAUUAGAGCACAAAUUGUCAUUUAAUUUUAUUGUACAUUUAAUUGUGUCAUUUAAGUGUUGUGUAACACUACACAAUGAUUAAAUGCUAUUGAGGCAGCAUAAUAAUACAUUGGUGGUUUAU